AUGACUGAUAGGGCAGCAUCCGGGGAGAAGGAAUUCAAUGCUGCCUCUACAUGGUUAUCAUCCGCUCCAUCUGCCGCAGCUUUACCAAAUGAAAUUAAGCUGGAGCUUUACGGAUUAUUCAAAUACAUCAACACACUAGCUGGACCUACCGGAAGUCGUCCUUCAAUCUUUUCACCCGCUCCUCGAGCCAAAUAUGAUGCUUGGGCUGCUCAGUACACCAAAUAUUCUUCCAAAGGAGAUGAGGGGAAGCAGUUGGCUCAACAGCGCUAUAUAGAAAUUGCUUUGCAAAUCGGCUGGUCUAAUAAUGUACCCAACGACGAGGAGGAUGACGUAGAUCUAGAGAAUCUAGAUGAUGAACCUAUACGGAACAAGGGUAAAGGUCGAGAUGAUAACCCAAUAGGUGGUGUCAAAGUUAGCGUCAUGUCUGGAGACAUGGAUGAAGAUGAUCAUGACACUCAUCCUCUUCACCUCGCGGUAUCAGAGAAUGAAGUGCCAAAAGUAGAAUCACUGUUGAAGCAGGAUAAAUCGUUGGUACAUCUCAGAGACGAGUUUGGGUAUACCCCGCUUCAUUUAGCAGCUGAUCGAGGGCACAUUGAAAUGACUAAGCUCCUCCUUCGUCACGGAGCGGAUAAGGAAGCAGAGGAUGGAGACUCCCAGACUCCCUUACAAUUGGCGGAGAUCUCUGGCAGAGAUGAGAUUGUAGAACUGCUGAAACCGAUAUAA